AUGUUGCAGAAACAGAUGCAGCCACGCCUUCAGCGUCUCGAGCCCAUGCUCGGCGACCCUCUCUUUGAGAGCAUCCUCUGGGGCCACGAAUAUGACCUUGGUGGACUGGACAACGGUCUGCAAUCCAGGAUCGAGUCUGGGCAGUUCAAGAGGCUCGUCUUCUACGGGAUGGGAUGCUCCUCGGUAGUAUCCGACAUCGUCAAGGGCUUCUUCCUAAACGAGCGCAUCCCGAUGCACGUCCAGGUUAUUAACGACUACGACCUGGACUGGUUUGUCGAUCGAGAAACCAUGAAAGACCCGGCCACACUGGCCAUCAUCGUGUGCUAUAGCGGCUGGUCGGUCGAGCCGUGCCUGUUCUUCGACAAGAUGCGCGAGAUGACCGGAAACAAGAACCUCAUCGUUCUCUCUGGAGGCGGCAAAAUCGCCUCGCUGUGCAAGGAGCACGGCACCUCGCUGAUCCAGUACAAGCUGCGACAUGCGGACCGGGAAUACCCCCUCUAUCACGUCCAGCAGUUCUUCUCGAUCUUCCUCGACCUCUUCCACAAGCUGAAGAUCACACCGUCCUCGUACCAAACCGAGCUCGAGGACUCGGUCAAGUUCCUGAAAUCCGAGUUCCACGAGGGAACCCUCAAGAAAGCAGAGGCCAUCGCCGAGAAACUGAGAGGCAGCCGGAUCGCCCUGCUGGGCACGGCGGACUGGUACGUCACGCUCCUCAAGCAGACGACCAUGUUCUUCAACGAAAUCGCCAUGGUCCCGACGCACCGAAACCUGCUGCACGAAUUCUCCCACACCGAAGUGGCUACCUAUUCCGACCCGACCGAAAAGCAGGCCAUCAUCACCUUCCUCGACUCCAACGCCGAUGACUACACCAAGGGUAAGGUCAAGACCCUGGAAGGGCUGUUCGGUUCCAAGAGUGUCCCGCAGAACACGAACAUCGAGUUCGUCAACAUCGACCUGAACCAGGACAACUUCUUCAGAAAAUUCUUCUUUGGCCACUUCUUUACGGUCUACGUGGCGUUCUACCUAGGGAAGCACGCCAACGUGGAGGGGCGAGACUUGAUCUCCAUCGCCGCGAAGAACCCUUGGUGGAGUCAGAAGAAUAUCGAGCUGCACCCCAAGUGUGUCGACAUCCCUUCGGAGCUCAAGGGCUAG